AUGAACGUGCUCGGCCAUCGGGCCACUGGCGCGUUCGUGACGCACUGCAGAUGGAACUCGUUGCUGGAGGCCAUUGUGGUUGGGAUGCCCAUGUUGUGUCUGUCGCUGGAUACUGAGCAGAAGACGAACAAGUUGUCUAUGACAGAGGACAUAGGCGCCGCUCUGGAGCUGGAGGGAUACACGAAAGGUUUUGUCAAAGCAGGCGAGGUGGAGGCCAAGGUGCGGCUGGUGAUUGAGGGCGAGGAAGGGAGGCAGCUCAGGGCUCGGGUGGCUGCUCGCAGGGAAGAGGCCGAGGCGGCCCUGCAGGAAGAGGGCUCAUCGUGGGCGGCAUUUUAG